CCCUGGCCAUACUGGGCUUUGGUGCGCACGGAAAUUUGCCAUGAAGUUCGGUCAUUAUUUUGAAAAAUUAAAAAAAUAAAACAACUUUAAGUAAAUUAAUUUAAAGUAAAACGGAACGGACCGGUGAGCUAUUCUGCUGAAAUCUUUACCUGAGAUUACAGAUUGUCUUUGUGCCGAGGGAGUGGCGCGAGUAGUGAAGAGUCUCGAACUAUAGCCCCAUUCCAUUGCUACAUUUUAUCACAGUUUGAAUGUAGGCGAUUCCACUACAAAAUCUAGGAACAUUAUUCUAAGCGAGAAUGGAUGUUAAAAUGAACAGUCUUCAUUGCACCUCCACCGUACUCUCUCUCCAAUCAUCAGCGAUAGUCACCACCAACGACACGCCAAAAAAGGCAUUACAGAAAACCACUGAAGAAAAGCUUCAGGAGAAAGUCGACAACAUUAAUCGGGAAUGCGGCAGUCCCGUCAGUUGUAACUCGGGGCUGGAAAUUGAGUUUAGCGAGCUAACAAACUAUAAGAAUAGCUCUCUUACCGGCAGUGGUAGUGUGGGAAAAUCAAAUGGCUCGUUGAGCGCCGGCUCUUCUACUUCGGCUUCUGUUGCGCCGCUUCCAAUAAACGAAAGCGAUGAAACAAACGGCGAUGCAAGUGCAACGUCAUCGUUAGGCGUUUCAUCAGUCAUUGCAUCCACACAUAUCAAGAAACGUAUUUCAAGCAAUCGUACGCCGACUCGUAAAGCACAUAGGAUAAAGUUCUAUCGAAACGGUGAUCGUUUCUAUCCGGGCAUAACCAUUCCAGUGUCCAAUGAACGUUAUCGGUCGUUCGAGAGUCUAUACGAAGACCUUACUCGGUUGCUGGAGGAGAAUGUCAAGAUACCGGGAGCUGUUCGCACCAUAUAUAACAUGUAUGGAAAAAAGAUAUUUGCCCUGAAUGAGCUGGAAGAUGGCCAGAGCUACGUUUGUUCCUGUAAUAACGAGAAUUUCAAGAAAGUGGAGUAUAAUACCAGUUCGCAGCCAUUGCCGAAUCUGACAUUGGCGACCAGCAAUAGCCGCACGAACAAUCAGCGGUUGGCCAAGCUUCAGCGCCCUUCAUCUCCGCUGAAGAACGGAUCCUUACUAUCUAGCGCUGCAAGUGCUCUAGCUUCAGGUGCAAGCAAUGGUAGUCCGUUUAACACGUCGCGUUGCACUGAACGACUCAAUGUGGUCUAUCCACGCAUUGUGACAAUGAUUCGCAACGGAACAAAGCCACGACGCAUAAUGCGUCUACUGCUAAACAAGCGAAACAGUCCAAGCUUCGAUCAUGUAUUGACCGCAAUUACCCAAGUGGUCCGCCUAGACACAGGCUAUGUAAGAAAGGUCUUCACGUUAUCUGGAGUAUCAGUGGUGCAGCUGGCUGACUUUUUUGGUCCAGAUGACAUUUUUUUUGCUUAUGGUACAGAGCGUGUUAACUCGACAGAGGAUUUUAAGUUAGAGGUUGAUGAGCAAAGGGCGAUCAAUGCCAUUCGCAAGACGCUGCGCACGGCAGGUACGACUUACAAAGGUCCCAAACCCAAAAUGCCAGUUAAGAGCAAAAAGGUGUAUCCCGCGCCAAAGGUAGAUUCAGAUUCCGAAUUCAAGGCGACGGCGUUAACUGUCACCGAGCCCGAUGAUGAUCAGGCGGCAUUCCUCAAGAGCACUGGCGUUCAAAUCAGUGAUUUGCCAUUAGCUAUCCGCGAUCAUUACACGCUUGGCGAAAUUAUUGGUGACGGUAAUUUUGCUGUUGUGCUAAAAAUAAAGGUGCGUGAGACAGGUGAUAUCCUUGCCCUGAAAAUUAUCGAUAAAAGCAAAUGCAAAGGCAAAGAGCACUACAUUGACGCUGAAGUUCGAGUUAUGAAAAAGCUGGAUCACCCGCAUAUAAUAUCACUUAUAUUGGAUGUUGACCAUCAGGCCAAUAUGUAUCUUGUACUAGAGUAUGUGAGUGGUGGUGAUCUUUUUGAUGCGAUUACGCAGGUGACUCGCUUUUCAGAAAUACAAUCGCGAAUAAUGAUCAGACACUUGGGCUCAGCCAUGUCUUACCUACAUUCCAUGGGUAUUGUACACCGUGAUAUUAAGCCGGAGAACCUCCUCGUUGAGCUGGAUGAAUAUGGAAAUGUUCUUGAACUUAAACUAGCUGAUUUUGGACUAGCCUGUGAGGUAACGGAACCUCUUUAUGCCGUUUGUGGUACGCCUACUUAUGUGGCACCUGAAAUAUUAUUGGAGGUGGGCUACGGAUUAAAGAUUGACGUGUGGGCUGCUGGCAUAAUUUUGUACAUAUUGCUGUGCGGAUUCCCACCCUUCGUGGCACUUGACAACCAACAGGAACCUCUCUUCGAUGCAAUUAUAUCAGGAGUUUACGAGUUUCCCGAUCCAUACUGGUCCGAUAUAGGAGACGGAGUGCGUGAUCUAAUUGCCAACAUGUUGCAGUCGGAUCCAGAUGUCCGUUUUACGAGCGAGGAUAUUUUAGAUCAUUACUGGACGAUAGGCAAUCAGGAAAAUGGUUGCGGCAAUUAUAACAGCUGAAUUAUUAAAUUAUUAUAGUGUGGGAUGUUUAUAUAAUUUCAUCGCCCACUUUUCACCUAUCAGAAGCAUGGAAACAGAAUUAGUUCUUGUAUUAAGUAUGUUAGAAUGAUUUUUUAUGGUCCUUAAUUUAUUUAAAUAUGUAAAUAUAUAUAUAUAUAUAUAUAUAUAUAUAUAUAUAUAUAGAAGCACUUUGUAAGAACAGUAGUGUUGCUGCGAUAACUGAAACAACUUAAAGAGCAGUAAUCAAUUUCUGACGAUAGAAAGAAAAACAUUAAAUGGAAACAUUUCGUAAAUCACAAUAAACAAACCGUUUACGGUUGAUAUCGCUACAAAAUAUAAAAUCAUAUUCCACAUA